UUAUCUUAUUGUCCUCUUGAUAUGUUUUGCUUAUUUUAUAUUUAUUUAUCUGAAUUUUUUCUCGAAUUGUCUGAAAGUCGAAAAAAUAACAACGACAUAAAAUCGAAGACUUUUGAGUGAAAAACACCAAAACAGAAACGGACCUAAUAGGGUGAUGAAUUUAUAACGACAGGUGCCUCUAUAAUUCUAAGAUUACUCAAGAAUACCUAUAAUACCAAAGUCAAGAAAGAUUCUCUUUUAUUAUUUACAUCACGGUGUAUAAUUUUUAAAUUAUUAUAAACAAAAUGCAAUUAGAUGCAAUAGUAUAAAAGAUGACAUGCAUAAAAAUAGACCAGUACCUUUAAUUAAGGUCAGUUUUAAGAUGUAUUGUUUAAAACUUGUUCUUGUUACGACAAUUUACCUAGAAACAUUGACCUGGCUUACUCCACUUUGUACGGCUUAUCAGUACUUCGUCUUGGGCAAAAAUGGCGAUUACAAAUAUGGAUAUCGGACCGACGACGCGGUGGUCAGGCAAGAGGCCGAUCAAAGAAAUCAGGUUUCGGGACACUAUUUUUACAGGGACGAUUUGGGUAAUUUCGGUCUGAAGUAUACUUCGGGAGUGCAAGGGUAUUCGCCUCAACAAUUUGGUCCUAACGACGAUGCUGAUAAUCCUUAUCCUCAAGGAGUAAGUGAGGACAGGCAUACCUCGACUUAUGUGAAUCCCAAUCUACAACCACCAAACAGACCCCAAUCACAACCCAGAAAACCUUUCCCGUUCGCUAACAUCUGGAACUACCAAAAACAUUUACCAACCCCAUUUUUAACACCUUACCACCUGAUAGACGUGCCAAAAUACGCCAACCAUUGGCAAUAUUCAAAAGGGCUAAACGAUAGAUCGUACAAUUUUUCGUUUGACACUGGAAAUUAUAGAAAAAGCGAAUCAUCUGAUUCUUUUGGUAAUAUUAGAGGUAUUUUUGAAUACGAAGACGACGCUGGUUAUCAUGAUUUGAGCUAUUUUUCGAAUGAUACUACUGGAUUUGUUGUUACCGGUGGUAAUUUGGCUAAUAGCUACAAUGGACCACAACCAACUACCAUCCAUUAUCCGCAAGAAUUACAAAAGCUUUCCAAAUUCCUCAACGAUUUCCUGGACAAACUAUAUUCCUUACCAUACGGAAGAGGCCUCAAAAAUCAUUCGUAUUACUUCAAAUUCGAAUCUGAUAAGCACAAAAUCGAAGAAACUUCCAACCGGAAUGGUAAUAUUACCGGCGACUUUGAGUAUCGCGACGAUCAUGGACUGAGACAUGAUUUGAGCUAUGAAAUUGAUGAAUUGAAUGGGUUUAGAGUGAUUGGUGGUAGUUUGGCCGAUAAUCAUGAUGGCAUUGAUAGUUCAACUGAUACAAGUGAAGCUAAAGAUGACGGUGAAAUUGUUUUUUUGUUUGGCAAAACUACAAUGAAUCCAUUUAUUACAGCCGAAUAAUAAUUGUUUUAAGAAUUCAUAUUAGGUAUAUUAAAGGACAAUAAAAACUACUCAAC